AUUAAUUUGUCAAUUUAUCAAAAAAUUAAGCAAGUUAAAGGAAUAUUUUUGACAAAUAUAUAUAUAUAUAUAAAUAUAGGAAUGAAGCUGAAUCACCCUAUUAUAAAUAGUGAGAUAGACAUUCACAAAAAAGAUUAAAUUGCUUAAAGCACAAAGAAUGAAUACCUAAUUAAGGCACCAGCAAGCAAUUUUAUGAGCAAUAAUCAAGAAGAUGCAGAUAAAUUUUAACUUUAAAAUAAAAUUUACAAGGGAUCACCUAUUAAAUAAAAUCAAUAAACUUCUAGUUCAUUAGGAUAAACAUCUGUAAAAGGAAAAUAAUAGGCUAGCAAAUCUUUUCAUUCUUAAAAUUUAAUUCCUUCUUAGCAAUCGCUUUCUGCACAAAAGCACCAGUCAGGAGAAAAAAUUGCUUAGCCUCAAGCUUCAGCUUAAAAAAUUAAUUCUAUAAACGUUAACGGGUUUGCUGAUGAAAGCGCCAAGCAGCAAAAUGUGAAUUAAGAGAUUUUUAACUUUUAAACACAAAAAGAAUAGCAAAGUUUAAAUAAUUUUGGAUCUAAUUCAUCUUUUAAUUCUUCAAAUAAUGACACGUUUAAAGUUUAUGCAAGAGUGCGUCCAAUUAAUGCAAAAGAAAAAUCUCAAUUUCUUCCAAAGAAACGUUUAGAAAUAAUCAAAACUUAUGAAAACUAGUUAUAUGUUUUAGAUCCUGACAUCUCUAGAUCAUUAGAAAAUUAGAAAGAGAAAGGGUUCGGAUUUGACUAGGUUUUUGCAGAUAAAGAUGAUAACUAAAAGGUAUAUGAAGGCACAAUAGCAAGUUUAUUAAAGGACCAUUUAUUAGAAGGAUAUAACACAACAGUCUUUGCAUAUGGUUAAACAGGUGCAGGAAAAACAUACACGCUGUUUGGAGAUGAGUAUAAAAAUUAAGAUUUUCUGGAGGGGAGAGACAAAAUGGCAGAAGGAAUUGUCUCUCUAAUUAUUAAGGACUUAUUUAGCAUAUUUUAAAAAAACAAGGAAUUUAAAUACAGCAUCAAAGUUAGCUAUUUAGAAAUAUAUAACGAAAAUAUUAGAGAUUUGCUAGUAGAUUAGGGCAACCAAUCCAAUCUUAUGAUUGUUGAAGAUCCUUAAAAGGGAAUACUUAUUCCAGAAUUAAGUGAAUUUCAAAUCAAGGACUAAUUCGAGUUAAAUAACCUUAUCAGAAAAGGAAACUCUAUUAGAGUUAUGGCAAGCACCCAUUCAAAUUAGUUUAGUUCAAGAUCUCAUUGUAUAAUUUAAAUCAAUAUAGAAAAAAUCCCAACUGAUAUGAAAUAUGCCUCUCAUAAGAUAGUGAGUAAAUUAUCUUUGAUAGAUUUAGCAGGAAGUGAAAGGGCUGCAGUAUCGGAAAACAAAGGGAUAAGAAUGAUGGAAGGAUCUAAAAUUAAUAGGAGUUUAUUAGCUUUAGGAAAUUGUAUUAAUAUUUUAAGUGACUCUAAAAAAUAAGGAGCAUAUGUUCCAUAUAGAGAUUCAAAACUCACAAGAUUAUUAAAGGAUUCAUUGGGAGGUACUACAAAAACAGUUAUGAUUGCAUGUGUUGCACCAAGCUUUAUAACAUAUGAAGAGACAUUGAAUACUUUAAAAUAUGCUCAAAGAGCUAAAAAUAUUUAAAAUAAAAUAAAAUAAAACGUUGUGGAUGUAGAUAUCCACGUUUCUUAAUACAAAGAGAUAAUUGAUAAUCUCAAAUUAGAAAUCGAAUCUCUUAAAAAAUAACUGAAUUCUCAUACACAAAAAUAAGAAUUUAAUUCAGUUAAAUCUGGAUUGCCAGUGAAUGAAUCUAAUAGGGGAUCAAAUUAAGACCAAAAAGAUAAUGGAGAAAUGGAGGAACUCUCAGGCUAGAUUUUCUUGAAUAUAGAAGAAAAUUGGGAAAUUACUCAAACUUUAAAAGAUUUGGAGUAGCUUAGAUAAAAGAAUUAGUAAAACUUAAUAGCAAGGCAAGAGGAAUAAAAAUUAUUACUAAAAACAACAAUGACUGAAUAAGUAAAAGACGAAAUUUUAAAAUUAUCAUAGGAAAUACAAACAAUUUAAGCAAAUAUGGAUAAUAAUGAUAAGGUUUUUUAGGAAUUGUAGAAUAACUUAGAAAAAAAUAAUUAGUAAAAGAAAUAACUUAGAGAGAAAAUAAAGUUGAUUGUAGAAAGUAAUGAAAAUGGAUAAGAAAAAUCUCUUGAAGAGACUUGUAGGCUAUUGCAAUUAGAGAAGAUGGAUUUAUUUUCAUAAAAUAUCGAAAUAAAAAAAGAAGCACAAACACUAGCAUUAGAGAAAGAAAAAACUGUGAAUAAGUUGAAGCAAAUGGAAAGAGAAAUGGAAUUGAUGAAGUAGCAAUUACAAGAAAAAGAUAAAAUAAUUUCUAAAAGUUCCUAAAUUAUUACCUAAUUAAAGCAAAAGGAGCAAUAACAAUAAUAAAAAGAAUUAACUAAAACUCCACAAAAUUAAUAGAAAGAAUCUAAUAAAUUUUAAACAAACAAUAAUAAAGAGUAGAAAGAAUAAAAUAAAAAAUCAGUUACUACUUUUUAGAAUUUAAAUUUUAUGUCGCCUUAAAUUUAAUCAAGCUAAAAUAAGAGAAUGAGGGAGAAAAGUGCAACUCACACACAAUAAGAUAUGAAUAAAUUAUAAUCAAGCUAAAAUUAGGCUACUCUUUUAACAUAAGAAAGAACACCUGUUGGUUCAUAAAAUAUUCAUGAAAUUUACUACAGGCCAAAAGAACCAAACAGAUAGUUAUCCAGUAAUAGAUAAGAACAAGGUAAAAAGAAAAGGAACUCAAAUAAUUUUUCUUAAACUAAUUUAUAGAUAAAGAAUUAAAGCUUGACUAAAGAUAAGAUAUUGUCUCCUUAACAAUAAAGCAGUGUAAACGUGUAUGCUUCAGUCAAGUAUAACAACUUAAUGAAUUUAAAUGAUAAUAAAGUUAUUGAGGAAAUAAAUGGCUAGGAAGAAAUAAAAAAAGAAUAUUAUUAUUUUGAUUAAAACAAAAAAUUAUAAAAAAGAAUUGUAAGUAAUAAUAAUAACAACAAUAAUUUUUCUAGCAAUAACUUUGAUGAUAAAAGAUUAAUUGAAUUGAUGUCUCAUCACAAAAUAUAGCAAAUAAAUAUUUAUAAAUCAGAGAAUAAAUUAGAUGAGCAAUCUAGCGGAAAUGCUCAUAAUUAGUAAAAUGAUAAAAAAGAAGCAAAGGGAUUUAAAUUAGAUUUGGAUUCUUUGAAAAAAUUUGAUGAAAUUCAAAAAGUGAAAUCUGAGAAAAAGCAAAAUGAAAAUACUGAGAAAGUUCAAAAUAAAUAAGAAGUAGUUUAAAAUAAAUAAAAAGGUAAAAAGAAGAAUAAACACAAGCACAAUAUUAUUGAAGAAAAAAUUACAAUCGAUGAGCUCAAAAACUAUGCUUAAAAACUGAAGGAUAUUGAUUUUGAAAAUGUUAAAAUAAAACCAAAUUUAAAGAAAUUUUAGAAGAAUAGCGAUAACAAUCCAAACAACAAUAAUUAAAUUAGUAAAAAUCAAGUUGUUUCACAACAUAGGAAUUCAUCUAAACAAUCUCAUGAAAAUAACAAAUAUCCCAAUAAUAAUAAUAAUAAUUUGUAGACCAAUUUGAAUAGUUUAGCUGCAUCAUAAAAAUUCGAAAAAGAUAAUUAAAAUGCAAAUGAUAAUAGAAAUAGUAUGAAUAUAGACUUAGAGUAGAAAAAAAACAAUAUGAAAAAAUAAUGCAAUCAAAAUUAAUAUGAAUAAGAAAUAAUUCAUAUUUAGGGAAAGAUUGCUGAAACGUAAAAUUUAAUAUCUAGCUUAAAACUUAAUAACGAAGGAGAAGUAAUAAAUGAUUUCUAACAAAAGAAAAUCAACUAAAUCUUCGAAGAAUACAGCAAUUUAGAUAAAAAUAUGUAAUAAAAAUUGCAUUACUACUCUAAGAGUGAAAAGAAAAAGGAUAAGUCAGCUGAUCCACAAGAUUUUGAGAAAUAUCUCCAAUAAAUUACUAUUGAAGAUAACCAAUAAGAUUUAGAUAAUAAGAAUGAAGUUUAGUUAGUUGACUUAAAUGAUAUCUCUUGCAUGAAUAAGAUUGCUGAUGUUUCUGCAGACAUGACAAUAAAAGAUUUUCUUUACAAUAUAGAAAAAGCAGAAAUGAAUUAAUAGAAUCACUUCCAUCUCUCUUUAGAUCCAAAAUAAUAUGGAUAUAAGUAACAAAAAUAGCAACAUAUUAAUCAACAAACACCAGAUAAAAACAAUAAGCUGAAUCUUAAGAGCUUAGAUGAAGCCAGAGUAAAAGUUCGCUCCUUUAAGCAUUAAUUAGCAACUUUAAAUGAUAAAAUUAAAAGCUCCUAAGUGAAUCCAGAUAUAAUAAAUUAAAUGAAGCUCCUCAUUAAGCAAUAUGAGUAGGAUUAAUAUGCUUUAAGUGCAACAGAUGAAAAUAUAUUAAAGGAAUUUAAAAGAAUUUUAAUUGUUUUCAAAGAGUAUGACGGUAAUUCAAAUAAUUCAAAGAGCAAACCCUCUUCAAGUUAAUAAAAGUAAAUGAGCAAUUAAGGAUAGCAAUCGACAAAUCCUUCUUAUAUUAAUUACACAUCAACUAGCUCUUCUAAUUAAAUAUCUUAAACAACUUACACAACAAGACCCAGAAGCAUUAACAGCGUAACAGAAGAAGCAGCUUUAUAAAAUCAUUAUUAUCAAUAAAACAAUUUCAAUGGCAAUUUAAAUAAUAUUUAAAGCAAUAGCAAUAAGAGAGAAAAUACCAAUCAAAGUAGUUAAAAUCACACAAAUUAAAGUCAUCAUAAUCACUUCAAUCCAUCAAAUAACAUUUCAGUUAAUAAAAAACAGAUAGAGCCAGGAGCUUUCAGUAAAAUUCUUAAUAAUUACGGAGAAGCAGCUAAAGUCAUUAACUCCUCUUCAUCUCAGCCAGCUCAUAACAAUAAUAACAUCUCAUCCAAUAUAAAAAAAUAUGGAAAAGGGCUUGCUCAAACUAUUGGAGAAUCUAGGGAGACUUCACAUAGAAACUCAAAAAUACCUAAAAAUUAAAUUGAUAAAUAAAAAAAUAAUAGCAGAUAAAAUAUUGAUAAUUAAUUGUACAAUUCUUAAAAUUAAUCAGAAAUUAUCAAUAGCUAAGGUGUGUCUUACUCUUAGCCGUAGAAUCAAUAGCAAUAAAAUGAGAUUAAAAAAGAUUAAAAUGACAGUCUUGUUAAGAGCAUAGAAAACUUUAACAAAAACAAUAUCAGCAAUAAUAUAAUUUAAAACUCAGCAAUAUAAGCUCCUUCAGGCUAAUCAAACAUCUCCAGCAGCAGAGGGAAGUCUGUCACUAGUUACGUUUAAAUUAAUAACAAAAGAAAGAGCUUUAAAGAGGAUACUGAUAAACCUAAUAUUUAAAAAUAAGAAUAGUAAUUAAAAUAAAUUUCAUCAGACCUAUUAAGAUAAUUAGACCAAGAAUAAAACUCAAAUCAAAUUAUUUGA